CCUCCAUCUCUCCAUUUUUCCUUUAUCCCGUUUGCUCAAAGAGCUGACUGAGAUUCUAUUGUCAAUACAUCUUUAUCCAUCUACACAUCUCCUUGUCGUCUGACUAAAAGAUCGAUCAGUACAGUCCAACGCCUUUUUUUUUUUGAACACCAGUGGACAAUCAAACCGCUAGCAACACUUUUUUUAUUUUUAUUUUUAUUUUUGCCUUGCUUCAGUGCCCCGCGAUUACCGAGCCUUCGAGAGUACACCAUGCCAUCAUCAUCCCUCCCAAAUAUCAUGACCGCAACGACUUUCACGAAUAGCCUGCCUUCACCUGCUUCCUCCAUUUCUGCCCUCGAUAUCGUCAUGUCACCCAUCCCAGAAGGCAAACUCACAGACAGCGCCCGUGCACAGCUCGAGAGCGAACUGGAACAGAUUCGAAAAACUUCUACCGAAUCUCAAGAGGCCUACAAUGCUGCUCAUGCUGCCAUCCCUACCUACCAGCAGCUGGUCCUCACCACCCAUGCCCAAGUAGCUGCAGCCAAGCAGGCCGUCCUUCAGGCCAAAGGCAUCUCCUCCUCCAAUUCAUCCUCAGCCUCCAGUUCGUCCUCGACCUCGAAUGCCUCCUCGCCUCCCUCGCCCUCGUCGCCCCUCAACAACGGCCUCGGUCAGGACGCAGAGCACGAACAGAGGGUGCAGAAGCUGGAGCAGGAACAUGUAGAACUCGGUCUAAAGCUCUCGCAAGUUCUUCGAGAUAAGGCUGAGGCAGAAGAGACCAAGAAGAGAUUGAACGACUAUAUGACACGCGCCAAGUCAAGGAUCAGGGAGAUUGAGCAGAAGCUUCGCGAAUGAGAAUGAGACGGAUCCAUCCUGGAAUCGUCUCCCAAGGCAACCAUUCUUCCAGUCUGGUCCAAGAACGAACACAACAAACAACA